AUGCCAAGGUAUGUUAAAUUCUUGAAGGAUAUUUUGGCCAAGAAAAGGAAGUUGGAGGAAUAUGAGACAGUGGCACUUACUGAGGAGUGCAGUGCAAUCUUGCAGAAGAAACUACCUCCUAAGCUUAAAGAUCCGGGUAGUUUCAAUAUUCCAUGUUCUAUAGGGGGCUCAGUCGAAACAAAAGCUUUAUGUGAUUUAGGGGCAAGUGUGAAUCUAAUGCCUCGAUCUAUUUUUCAAAGGCUAAAAUUGGGAGAAGCUCGCCCUACAACGGUUUCCUUACAAAUGGCGGAUCACUCCAUUAAGCAUCCUCGUGGAGUGAUAGAGGAUGUCUUGGUGAAGGUGGGUAAAUUUAUUUUCCCCGCUGAUUUCAUAAUUCUUGACAUGGAGGAAGAUGCAAAAAUUCCCAUUAUUUUGGGAAGACUAUUCUUAGCCACAGGACGAGCUUUAAUCGAUGUACAAAAGGGGGAGUUAAGGUUGCGAGUCCAAAAUGAGGAAAUAAGUUUAAUGUCUUUGCAGCAACUGAAAUUCCUACCUGUUGUAGGGUUGAUGUGGUGA